AGAAGAAAUUCUCAUGAAUUUCUGAUUUCAAUGGCAAAGAAAAAAUAACAGUGUUCAUUUUCCUUUAAAAAUGGCUUCUUCUGUGAAGGAUCAGAAUUUCAAGCUUAAGAACAAAAAGUUCAAGGCCAAGAGCCAAAAAGUGAAGCUUUUCCGAUCGAACGAGCCGCUGUAUAGUGUGUUUAUGUGGGGCGUGAAUCAUGCGAUUAACGAACUAAGUUUGAUCCAAGUCCCUCCGAUGUUUUUACCUGAGGAUUUCAAAGCUUACUCGAAAAUUCGAGUGGACAACCAUCUGUUCAACAGAGAGAAAUUUCCUUCUCACUUUAAAUUCAAGGAAUAUUGUCCACUAGUCUUUAGAAAGCUGCGUGAAGGUUUCAACAUUGAUGAUCAGGCUUAUGCAGAUUCGUUCUGUGUCCCACCAUUGAGAAGUCUAUCAUCAGGACGAAGUGGUGCAACCUUUUUAGCCUCAAGAAAUAAGAAAUUUAUUGCCAAAACUCUGUAUAAAGAAGAAGUUGAAAUGAUGCAUCAGUUAUUGCAAAAGUACUACCAGUUUGUGGUGGAAAGAAACUCAAAUACGUUACUACCUCAUUAUUUGGGAAUGUAUCGUGUGACAGUUGAAAACAAGGAAACCUAUUUUGUUGUUAUGGAAAAUAUAUUUGGCAAACUGAAAAUCCACAAGAAAUAUGAUCUCAAGGGAUCAACAGUUGACAGGCAGGCAAAGACAAAAGAUAAAGACAAAGAAAAGGAUAAAGAAAAGUCACGUCGGAAGGUUGAAAAAUCUCCCACAUGGAAAGACCAGGAUUUUCUGGCUGAUGGUAGAAAAAUUUAUCUUGGAGAGGAAAUGAAGAAAGAUUUCAUGGAGAAGCUGAGAGAAGAUACUGAUUUUUUGUGCAAGCAAAAGAUAAUGGAUUACAGUUUACUGGUUGGUAUUCAUGAUUUUGAUCAAGUGGACGAGGAAUCAGAUGGUGAUGAUGGCAUAGACAGUCAAGAUGAGAGUGAUUUAGAAUCUCCCAAUGAUUAUGAUGCUUCAGGAACCAAUGAGUCAGCAGGGGAUUCCCCUACAAGUACACCUCCGGGUACACCCCCAGCCACCCCACCACCCACUGGCCUCACACCCACUUCAAGACCUCCAUUAAAAAGUAGAACUGUAAGUCAAGAUAGCAAUGAAUUACUCGAAGCAGAAGAUGUACUAGGAAAUGAUUUCUUCGCUCUUCCCUGUUCAGAAGGGGCACCCAAAGCAGAAAAAUAUUAUUUAGGAAUUGUGGACGUAUUAACUUAUUACGGUACAAAAAAGCGAACAGCACAUGCAGCGAAGACAGUCAAACAUGGGGUGUAUUCUUCGAUGGAUGUUUUAAUGUCGCGAGGACAAACGCAGUACACGCAUGGCCAAGAGAUUUCGACUGUGAAGCCUGAGGCGUACGCCAAAAGAUUUUUAGAAUUUAUCGAAAAAGCCAUCGAGUGAUGAAUAUGGUGCAUGGACGCAGAGCAAAAUUUCAACAAUAUGUAGUAUAAUAUAAGAUUAUUUAGCUAAAUAGCCUUUAAAAACCGAUGCUAUGCAUGUGUAACGACGUGUGAUGAUAUACUGUUUAAGAUAUGUGGCAAGAGAUGCUAGCAAAGUCAAGGAUAAUAGGGAAUGCACAGAUAGGAAUACACCCAGGCCAUGCACUACUUCACAAAUAACAAUAACCCUCAGCAUUCGAAAUUUUUACAGUGACUUGUAGCACAAUAUGUUUGAGUGUUUCUUGCAUAAUCAGGCAAGCGAGAUUUUAUAUAUGCCAAGUUGCGAUGUGGCAACUGUAUUCGGCACGUUUGCAGGUCCAUUUCAGAAUCGGCAUUUCAAUAUUUAACAAUGAAAAUAACACGACGAAUCGCUCUGGGUGUAUACAAUGAGACAUUGAAUUUCAUUGAAUAACAGUGGUUUAAAAAAAAAACUCUGACAACGAAUUUUCAUUUGGUCGCUUGCUAAUGGCAAUGCUUUGCUUAUUAUUGUACCCUUAAACACUGGGUUUGUCAGUCGAUAGCCAGUACCCAAGUUGAUCAAAUGGAGUUAUAUAUCAUUAGGUUGUAUGGAAAUUUUUGAAAUUCUUAAAUCAUGACGUUUAACGUUUUGACUUGCAAUAUUUUAUUGUAGCUUUGUGCAUUACGAAUUAUCAUAAUUUUUCUUAUUAAUUGUAAACAUCCUAAUCAGGUACAUUUGUCAAAAUCAACUAAGUUCGAUCUUCGAAAUUUGCUUUUAUCCAUCUGGGGCCGGUUGUUCGAAAGGCGUUUAGCUUAAACGGUGGAUAAGCCAAAGUUUAAAAUUACUCUCAU